GUUGAUAAAAUUUGGGCUGGUUUUUGGUGUUUUUAUUUUUGACUAUGAAUAUGAUAUUUUAUUAAUUUUCCAUUCAAACGAACUUUACGAGAAAGUAUAAUAUGUAAUGUUGACGUUUUAAUAAUAUGGUUCCGUUUAGCCGAUAAGGUUCAGGAGAGUCCUGUCCAAUCAGACUUCAAUCCUGAUUAGCGGGUUGUUGUACUCGUUAAACCAAUAUCACCAAGUUAUUAGCAGAGCUGUAAAUGUUUUUAUCAUCAUCAUGCCAGAGUGGGGGAAAUAUAGAAUAUAUUCUAUAUUCUAUUCUAUAGAAUAUAUAGUCCUACCGAAAAGAAUGGGAGAGCGACGUUCUAUAGCAUUUCAAGAGACGUUCUUAUCAGUUCUGCCAAGAUUCUCCGCAUUAAGUCCUUAUAAAAAGAAAGGAGAGAACCGUUUGAAGCACAGUCUGAACUGAUGGACUGGACAUUUCACUACAGAUGGUGUGAAAGCCACUGAGUAAAGACUUCUUCAGGAUGAGAUGCCAUGUGAAAAAGGUUGUACAGACACUCGUUGGUCUGCUCAUCAUUACCUGCUUUUAUAUCUCCAUGAGGAGAACACGAGAGGCAGAACAAGUUACGGAACCCGUGGAUGCAGCCUGGAUUAUAGGGAACUACAGCAGUGAACAAUGCUCUCAGGAACCUCGGCAAAACAUCAUGUGCCUCAGAGCUUCGGUUCGAGUGUUAGCAGGAGAUGUUCAGCCUAAGCAAAGUGAGAACAGACACAACAUUGGGUACCUCACUGUCGGUCUCUCUUCUGUGAAGAGGAAGAAAGAGAAUUAUCUCCUGCAAACCCUUCACUCUAUUUUCAAUCAGUCAUCGGAGGAGGAGCUCUCCGAGAUGGUGGUGGUGGUUCUCCUGGCUGAUUUUGACCUGAGAUGGGUUCAUCAAAUGCUAACCAGCAUUAAUCAGCUUUUUCCUACAAGACUGAUCCAGGGUCAGCUUCUGGUAAUUCAUUCCGACGAGGAGAACUACCCGCCUCUGACAGGUCUGAAAAGGAACUUUAACGAUGCCCCGGAUCGCGUGACCUUCCGCUCCAAGCAGAAUGUAGACUACGCCUUCCUGGUGGACUUCAGUGCCAAGCUUUCCAAGUAUUACAUCAUGCUGGAGGAUGAUGUGAGCUGCUCUAAAGGAUUUCUGUCCUCCAUUCGAAGUCACAUUCAAUCAAAAGGAUCUUCACCGUGGGUGACACUUGAGUUCUCAAAGCUGGGAUAUAUUGGGAAACUGUACCACUCUAAAGAUCUCCCUCGUCUCGCUCACUUCCUUUAUUUGUUUUACCAGGAAAUGCCUUGCGACUUUCUCCUAUCUCACUUCCGCACUUUGCUAAUGCAGGACAAGGUCAUCCGCUUUCGCCCGUCCCUUUUUCAGCACAUGGGAACGUACUCAUCUUUUCAGGGAACGUACAAUCAACUCAAAGACGAAGACUUCCAUGUUAAUCCUGCUGAUAACCCCCCAGCCUCUGUUUACACUGACAUCAGAGUUUUUAAAAACCAUAAUCCAGACGAAGCCUACAGUCAAGGAGGAAGCUAUUUCUGGGGCAUGACCCCAGUAAACGUAGGGAACUUCUUUCUUGUGGCUUUCGAGAAACCUGUCCUCCUUUCACAUAUUGUGAUUCACACGGGGAAGAAUGGGGUGGACGUUCUCGAGUCUGCUGAAGUGGAGCUCGGUGAAACUUUUUUGUUAUCGCCCAGUGGAGUGCAGUGCAGAGAAAUUCACAACUUAGGCGUCCUGAAAUAUGGAUAUUUUGAACUUCAAGGUGUUCACCAGGUAGUGAACAGAUCAGUAGCAUGCUUAAAUAUCAGAGUGACUGCAAGUCAGACAAAUUGGGUGGUCAUAAGGAGCAUCCAGGUCUGGUUAAAGAAAUGAAGUAGGCAUUUUAGCAGGGAGUUAUUAAAGUUUUCAGUUAUGAAGUUACGGUCUGACCUGAUGGUCUUUGCGUAAAAUCAUGAAUGUUGUUCCAUUUUGUUAGCUACGGGACCGGUGGAUGUUUGAGAGAUGGAUCAGUGGGUGUCCGAUAUUUAAAAAAUGUGUCAUGUCGCUCAAAAUGUUUGAUUUCCUUAUUCCAUGAAUCAGGAAAUAGACCAAAUGAAACCAAGACCAAAUGAAAGUGGCUUUACAAUUUGAUGGCUUAUAAUUUUACUAAUAUGAUCUAGCAUAGCAUUGGGCAGGUUUUGUAGAAGGAAGGGAAGUUAAAAUGUUAAAAUGGUAGCUGUGGGGUAAACUGAGACGUUUAGGCAGUCGAUAGGGACAGCCCACAUAUUUGGUGACGGGAAUAGAAUCCAUACAAUGUAUGUAUGAAAUGUGUUUGCAGGUUUAAGGUUACAGGACAGUGGAAAAACGGCAAGGAACUCAGGUAUACGAUAGUUUCCUAAUUAUUAUGAAUGGCUGGUCCUACAGCAAUGCCACUAGCGGCGUUUUUUAAUGUAAAGCUGUCAAAACAAUAUGAGCUUGAGUUUCGCAAAAAGCAAUCAUAAAACAAGGAGCAAAACAUGAUCCAUUAUAAUUAUUAUGAUUAUAAAGAAUGUGAGAAAUGUUUUUGUUUCCUCGACUCCGAGGCGUAUUAUUAUGUUGUUAAUAUGGAGCAUGUUUACACUGAAAACUUACUGCAGUUUGGGUGUUUCCUUAGUAAAGUGGUGGGAAAUAUUUGUUUCUGCGUACUUGUUUCUGAAAUUUGAGGAAGUGGAAAUUAAAUGUCUGCUUCACAUUCUGGAGUUACUAGCUGCUAGUAACUCUUGCAAUUACAGCUUAUCCGUUUACAACAAAAGACAAAGCAAAGCAGAAAUGAUUGGAUUAAGUGUUUCAGUUCGCUUUGUCCGGAUACGUUUUUAAUUUCUGAAAGAAAGGGCUGCUCCUAGCAUGAAGGAACUUCCAGCAAUUUAAUAACGUGGUCCUAAUUUAAAUUUGGACAUUCUGUCACUAAAUCAAGCUGCCAGUCACACACACACACACACACACACACACACAUAUAUAUAUACUACCGCUGAAAAGUUUUGGAUCACUCAAAAAAUUUCAAAUUAGUCUGAUUAGAAAAUAUAGCAAAAGAACAGGACAUGCUGACUGAUUUUGAUUUUGACAGCAAAUGAUUUUGAUGGAAAUGAAGAAUGUUUUCUUUAAAAUUUGCCUUCAUCAACCUUUUACAGCAAUUAUAGCCUGGGCAUCCUAGCUGUCAAUUUUUCAAGAUAAUCUGAUGAGAUUUCACCCCAUGCUUCCUGGAGCAUCUCCCACAAGAUGGAUUGUCUUGAUGGAGUCUUCCUCCGUAGCUGAAAUCAAGCUGAAAUAUGCAAGUGAUCCCAAAUUUUCUGUACUCAUGGAUGUUCAUUUGAAAUGUUUUCUAUGCAAAACAAACAGGCUUACUUAGAAUAUUUGGAAGAAUGGAAAUUGACGAAUAGGGGAUUAAAAGUCAAUGCAGUUGACAACAAAGGAGAUUAUGGUUGAACGGUCAACACUCUUAACGUUAGAAAGGUUGGGUUAUGCCAGGACAAGACAAUCAAACAGGAUACCUUUAUCUACACGAAUCAGGCAUAACAUUAUGAGCAUUGAGAGGUGAAGUGAAUAACACUGAUGAUCUCAUCAUGGCACCUGUUAGUGGGUGGGAUAUAUGAGGCAGCAAGUGAAGCAGGAAAUAUGGACAAGUGUAAGGAUUUGAGCGAGUUUGACGAAGGGCCAAAUUGUGAUGGCUAGACCACCGGAUCAGAGCAUCUCCAAAACUGCAGCUCUUGUGGGGUGUUCCCGGUCUGCAGUGGUCAGUAUCCAUCAAAAGUGAUCCAAGGAAAGAACAGUGGUGAACCGGCGACAGGGUCAUGCUAAUUAGGUCAUGCUAAUGAGGCUGGUCGUGUGAUCCGAUCCAACAGACGAGUUAAAGGUGGUCAUAAAGUUAUGCCUGGUCGGUGUAUAUCCCGACUUUUCUUUUCAUGAGAAAUGUUCAGGUAUCUUUCUCAACUCCCAAAAUCAAAAAAGUAUUGGAGAUACUCCCAGGAAAGAGAGCUUGUGUUUCUUUUAACUUUGACAGGUGGAAUGUGGAGAAGAUAGGAGAGUUGUCCUCUCAGGGUUCAGCGGUGUUUAUAACACAGGCAUUAACCUGAGUCUUAAUCCUGUGCCUUAACCUACUGGACAGUAAGUGGCCUAAGUAGGUCUUUAGAACUCUGGGGAUUUUUCUGGAAAUAAAAUUCUCACGAGAAGACUAUAAUAACAGUAAUGUUUCCUGUGGUCUAAUAAACACUGUGCUCCAUUUAAUUUGUCCAUGUU